AGCUACAGAAUUGAAACAGCAGGAGUAGAGUAGAUGACCCCAAAAGGCCACCAAAGCCCAGGACGGCAGGACAGGUAGGCAAACGUGCCCCCAGCUACCAUGGCAUCCCCUCCUCCUCCUCCUCCUCGCCGGGGAGAGGAAGAAGAGGAGGAGCGCCGGCAUGACGACGACGACGAGGAAGACGACCGGAUCACCUCACCUCUCUUGCCGGAACCGUCGUCGGCGUCGCGCAGCUCGCCGUUGGAUGACGACGAGGAGGAGAACUCGCCGAUCGAGCAGGUGGCGCUGACGGUGCCGGUGGGCGACGACCCGGAGACGCCGGUGCUGACGUUCCGGAUGUGGGUGCUGGGCACGGCGUCGUGCGCGCUGCUCUCCUUCCUCAACCAGUUCUUCUGGUACCGCAAGGAGCCGCUCACCAUCACGGCCAUCUCGGCGCAGAUCGCCGUGGUGCCGCUGGGCCGCCUCAUGGCGGCGGCGCUCCCCGGCCGGGCCUUCCUCCGGGGCACGCGCUGGGAGUUCUCCCUCAACCCGGGGCCCUUCAACGUGAAGGAGCACGUGCUCAUCACCAUAUUCGCCAACUCCGGCGCCGGCACCGUCUACGCCAUCCACGUCAUCACCGCCGUCCGCGUCUUCUACGGCAAGCACAUCACCUUCUUCGUCUCCCUCCUCGUCGUCCUCACCACCCAGGUGCUGGGGUUCGGUUGGGCGGGAAUAUUCCGGCGGUAUCUGGUGGAGCCGGCGGCGAUGUGGUGGCCGUCCAACCUCGUGCAGGUCUCACUGUUCAGGGCGCUCCAUGAGAAAGAACAGCGGGUGAAAGGCGGCUUGACGCGCAACCAGUUCUUCCUGGUGGCGUUCAUCUGCAGCUUCGCCUACUACAUCUUCCCAGGCUACCUGUUCCAGAUGCUUACCUCCCUCUCCUGGGUCUGCUGGGCCUUCCCCCACUCCGUGUUCGCCCAGCAGCUCGGCUCAGGCCUGCGUGGCCUUGGCAUUGGAGCGAUCGGUCUUGACUGGUCCACAGUCUCCUCCUACCUCGGGAGCCCUCUCGCCAGCCCCUGGUUCGCCACUGCGAAUGUUGCUGCAGGGUUCUUCAUUAUCAUGUACAUAAUCACACCCAUUGCUUACUGGUUCAACUUCUACAACGCGCAAAACUUCCCCAUCUUUUCUGAUGGCCUCUUCACCUCGACCGGGCAAAAGUACAACAUCUCCAGCAUUGUGGAUUCCCAUUUCCACUUCGAUACAAAGGCGUACGAGAAGAAUGGCCCACUGUACCUCAGCACUUUCUUUGCUGUCACAUAUGGUGUUGGUUUUGCAUCCCUUACCGCGACAAUUGUUCAUGUUUUCCUCUUCCACGGAAGUGAAAUUUGGCAGUUAAGUAAAUCAGCUUUUCAAGACAAAAAGGUGGACAUACAUACAAAGCUUAUGAGGAGAUAUAAGCAGGUCCCAGAGUGGUGGUUCAUCUGCAUCCUUAUUGCUAACAUUGCUGUCACCAUAUUUGCUUGUGAAUACUACAUUGAGCAACUCCAGCUGCCUUGGUGGGGUGUUUUGCUUGCAUGUGCCAUUGCCUUUUUCUUCACCCUACCAAUUGGAAUAAUCACAGCAACAACGAAUCAGACUCCAGGCUUGAACAUCAUCACAGAGUACAUCAUGGGGUACUUAUACCCCGGACGGCCUGUUGCAAAUAUGUGCUUCAAGGUAUACGGUUACAUCAGCAUGAGCCAAGCUCUGACCUUUCUGCAAGAUUUUAAGCUUGGCCAUUACAUGAAGAUUCCUCCAAGGACCAUGUUUAUGGCUCAGGUGGUCGGAACUCUGAUUGCAGCAUUUGUAUACAUUGGAACAGCAUGGUGGUUGAUGGACACAAUCCCCUACAUCUGCAAUACUGAGCUCCUCCCACCAGACAGCCCUUGGACCUGCCCGGGUGAUCACGUGUUCUAUGAUGCAUCAGUUAUAUGGGGCCUUAUUAGCCCACGCAGAAUAUUCGGCGACCUAGGCACUUACUCAGCUGUGAACUGGUUCUUCUUGGGUGGAGCUAUUGCUCCCCUACUAGUAUGGCUUGCACACAAGGCAUUCCCAGGCCAGAGCUGGAUCUUACUCAUCAACAUGCCCGUGCUGAUCGGCGCCACUGGCCAGAUGCCACCUGCUACUGCAGUCAACUACACCACAUGGAUACUUGUUGGGUUUUUGUCAGGUUAUGUGGUUUACAGAUAUCGGCGUGACUGGUGGGAGCGACACAAUUAUCUGCUUUCCGGUGCGCUAGAUGCUGGUUUGGCAUUCAUGGCCGUCCUGAUAUACUUAUGCCUAGGCUUGGAGAACAUCGGUUUGAACUGGUGGGGCAAUAAUUUAGACGGAUGUCCUCUUGCUUCUUGUCCAACUGCUAAAGGUAUUGUUGUCGAGGGCUGCCCAGUGUAUACAUGAGAACUCAUGGUGUGACCUGGAGGGAAGAGAACAUGGAUCGAUGUAAAUAAUCAAACUUUAUUUUCAAACAAUUUAGAGAUGAGAACUUGGUGUAAUUUUUAUUGAAUUCUGGAAGAUUCAAAUAAUAUUUAAGAAAAAAGGGUAGUUAUCGCCAAGCAGCUACUAUUUCAGCUUGGAAA